CGAAACUUAUAUCAAACUAGACUAGACGGCAAGCCGGCUCCUGUGUUAUUGUUGCUACCAUGUCUGGCGACAGGGAUUAUAUUGGUUUCGCUACGCUACCGGAACAAGUACACAGAAAAUCGGUGAAAAGAGGAUUCGAAUUUACGUUGAUGGUUUUGGGUGAAACUGGUCUUGGUAAAUCGACGCUUAUUAACAGUUUGUUUCUUGGUGAUCUUUAUAAAGAUCGACGUAUUCCUGAUGCUAUUGAUCGCGUAGAAAAGACAACAACUAUUGAAAAAAAGACAAUGGACAUUGAAGAAAGAGGAGUGAGAUUACGUUUAAAUAUCAUUGAUACCCCGGGAUUCGGAGAUGCUGUCAAUUGUGAAGAUACAUGGAAAGCAUGUUCUGCAUACAUCGACGAACAAUUCCGUCAGUAUUUCACUGAUGAAAGUGGACUCAAUAGAAAAAAUAUUCAAGAUAACCGGGUUCAUUGUUGUUUAUAUUUCAUUCCACCUUAUGGUCACGGCUUGAGGCAAAUGGAUCUUGAAGUUUUAAAAAGACUCCACAGGAAAGUAAACAUCGUCCCAGUGAUCGCCAAAGCUGACACUUUGACAACUCAGGAAGUUAAGCGAUUGAAACAAAACAUUUUGUCAGACAUCGAAGAACAUGAGAUCCAGAUCUACCAGUUUCCGGACUGUGACAGUGAUGAAGACGAAGACUUCAAACAACAGGACAAAGAAUUAAAAGCUUGUGUACCUUUUGCGGUCAUUGGAAGUUCAACUGUGCUUGAGGUAGCAGGAAGAAAAGUUAGAGGCAGACAAUAUCCUUGGGGAGUUGUAGAAGUUGAAAAUCCAAAGCACAGUGACUUUGUUAAGCUGCGUACAAUGUUGAUAUCAACUCACAUGCAAGAUUUAAAAGACGUAACCCAAGAUGUCCAUUAUGAAAAUUUCCGAGCUCAAUGCAUAUCUCAAAUAUCGCAACAGGCAAUCAGGGAAAGGAGGUACUUACCCAAUAAAUUAAAAAGAGAUUCUGGUCCGCAAUUUGAAAAUAGUAUAUCAGAUACCGAUCGACUGCUGCUUCAGAAAGAUGAAGAAAUAAGAAGAAUGCAAGACAUUUUAGCUCAAAUGCAAGAAAAAUUAAAAGCUACUGGACAAGUUAGUGGUAUUGGAUUGAGAGGUCGAGUUGGUAGUCUAGGUAAUGACUUAGACGCCGUCGAUCAUGACAAAAAACGUAACAGUAUUAUUGACGUUUAAAGUAUUUUUAAAUUACUGAGAUAAAUAUAAUAAAUAAAUUAUAUUUAUAAACUGACGCAGGUUUUUUAACGCCAAUUAAUAAAUAAUUAACACAAGUAUUUAAUUAAAUGCAAUACGCGCAGUAUUAAGGAUGCGAUUCAAAAAUUUUUUUUUUUUUUCACGUAAAAAGUG